UGCCAGUGUUUUCCUUUAUAUUAGUAUGGCAUGCACAAUUGUUUUAUUUGAUGAAGUAAAAGUGAAAUAUUUGAAACAAAAAGAAGAAAAUAAAGAUGGACAGAUUUGUAAAGUUGAAGUUCGAAGAGUUUCGGAAGAAGCACAAUUAACAAUUCUACAGCAGAAUUGCAUAGUGUUCUGUAAAUGUACCAUUAGUUCGGAGAGCGAACAUUGUAGAGCUGGCGAAUGCAUCUACCUCAUUAAUGUACAUGGAGAUAACAGUGUUCUUUUAACAUUUUCAGCCAUAGAUGAACUGAAAAGGUUUCAAAGCACCAUCAACUUUAGGCCAAAUGUUAAAUCAGUUUUUGACAAACGAACUGAAGAAUCUUCUGCAGCUCAAUAUUUCCAGUUUUAUGGAUAUUUAUCACAGCAACAAAAUAUGAUGCAGGAUUACAUACGAACUGGUACCUACCAGAAAGCAAUGCUUCAAAACUAUAUCAACUUUCGUGAUAAGGUUGUACUGGAUGUAGGAGCAGGUUCUGGUAUCUUGUCCUUCUUCGCCAUGCAGGCAGGUGCUAGGAAGGUAUAUGCUGUAGAAGCAAGUACCAUGGCUGAGCACACAAAGAAAUUAGUUUCAUGCAGUCAGUAUGCCGGUCGAAUUGUUGUAAUUCCUGGUAAAAUAGAAGAGAUUACUCUGCCGGAAAAAGUUGACGUUAUAAUAUCAGAACCCAUGGGUUACAUGCUGUUUAAUGAAAGAAUGUUGGAAACUUUUCUGCACGCUAAGAAGUUUCUUAACCAACCUAAUGGUUUAAUGUUCCCCACCAUGGGAGAUUUGCACGUCGCUCCUUUCUCAGAUGAACUACUUUAUAUGGAGCAGUUUACAAAAGCUAACUUCUGGUACCAACAGUCGUUUCAUGGGGUUGAUUUAAGUCCAUUACGAGAUGAUGCUGUUGAAGAAUAUUUCAAACAGCCAAUAGUUGACACAUUUGACGUUCGUAUCUUGAUGGCGAAGAGCGUGAAACACACGGUUAACUUCCUAUCGGCUCAUGAAGAGGAUUUACAUAGGAUUGAGAUACCACUAAGAUAUACAGCACACACAUCAGGAACUGUGCAUGGAUUGGCUUUCUGGUUCGACAUUGCAUUCAUUGGAACAAUCAACACUGUGUGGCUGUCCACCUCACCAACAGAAUCCUUAACACACUGGUACCAGGUCCGAUGUUUAUUUAGAUCUCCUCUCUUUAUUAAAGCUGGGGAGGUUUUGUUGGGAAAAGUUGUGCUAAGGUCAAAUAAAAGACAAAGUUACGACGUGGAUAUUGAAGCCAUGGUGGAAUCAACUGGUUGUAAAGCAGAGAACAGUUUAGAUUUAAAGAAUCCAUUUUUCCAUUACACUGGACAACCCCCUGCACCCCCAGCGGGUGCACAGAAUACUUCACCAUCUGACCCGUAUUGUGCUGGUGUAGGAACCCAUGAAGCCAACCAACAAAAUGCAGGUUUCAUGUCGAACACAAACAGCAUGUACCCAUCAUCUGUGGCUCCUUAUAAUGAGUCAACACAAGCUCAUGCACAGAACACACCGUCCAAUCACUACCAGAAUCGUGAAGGAGGAAGGGCAAACAUGCAGAACGGUCUGAACGCACAUUGCAACACUGUUCCUCUGUUGUCAGGUGGAAUACCGUACCCAGGAACCGUCAGCAAUUCUAAAUCUUCGCUUCCCCACAACGAUUGUCACGUGCAACAAGACCAUCCAACACCCGCACAAAACGGGCCAAACCUUUACUACUAAACCUACUUAACAAUUAACUCUCUCGCCCCAUUCAGCGACGUCGUUCUCGCAUAUUGCGCGGACGCUAUUCGGCGCUAAUGUGCUCUGUACAUCACUACUAACUUCUAACGUAUACCGCUAACUUUUUUUUACUUUCUGUUCAUCCAAGUUCUUUUCUUACAAUUAACAGUUUCACGAUUUCUGUCACCACAUUAUGACGUAAUACUGCCAUUGUUUACAAGAUAUGACGUCAUUUUCCGAAAAGUCCUUCAAUUUUUUCUCUAUGUCUCACAAUGCUAAUUACAAGAGAAUCACAACA